AUGCUAUUUUGCUGUGCAAAAAUAUAUAAAUUGGAUCAUGUAGAUGUGAAUGUUGUUAAGGAUGUUGGCAGUAGCUGUUCAUCUAAGAGUGUUUUAUUUGAUGAAAGCUUUUCUGAAAUCAUUGAUGAGAAUGAUUAUUUAGAUGAUGGAUUUAAAGAUGGACCUACAAAGUCAUAUUUGUCAGAUGAUUGGGGUUCUUACCUUUUACACAAGGGGCAGAAGUUUGAAAGUGUUCAGGAUUUUCGAGAUAAACUUAGGAAGUAUGCGGUUCAAACUGGUUUUUAUUAUGUGCUACCUAGGAAUGAUUCACUCUAUGUCAGAGCUGUUUGUGAAAAUCAUGGAACUGAAAAAUGUGGCUGGGAAGUAAUUGGAUCUGUGGCUCCUAUAAAUAAUUGUUUUUAUAUUAAGGAGUUUAAUAACAUACGUACUUGUAAAGGUGUGCUUAGGAAUCAAACUCAUCGGCAGCUAGGGUCCAAAAUAGUUAGGACAUGCAUUGAGUCCAAUGUGUUCCUUAACCUUGGUUUGAAGCCUGCUGAUAUUAUGAGUAAUUUCAAGUCUACUUAUGGUUUUGAAAUUAGUUAUAAGGUUGCUUCAAGAGCAAAGAAAAGGUGUUUGGAAAAGAUGUAUGGCUCUGAAUCUGAUUCCUUUUCGAUGUUAAGUUGGUAUAAGGAUGCUGUUUUGGAGACUAAUCCAGGGUCUUCCUUUGUCCUUGAAGUUGAGGAGAAUACUAAUAGGUUCCAAAGGGUUUUUAUAGCUUAUGGAGGCCAAGUCGAGGGUUUCAAGUUCAGUCUCCCUGUUUUAUAUGUGGAUGGUACAUUUGGAAAGAGCAUUUACAAGGGUCAGAUUCUUUCUGCCACUGGAAGAAAUGGAGACAAAUGUUUCUUCCCUUUAGCCUUGUGUAUCUGUGACUCAGAGACUGAAGACAACUGGUUUUUUUUCUUCAAGCACCUGAAGGCUUUGCUGGAACCGCAGGGAAGGGUAAUCACCUUUAUAAGUGAUCGUGGUGGUGGGUUGUUGAAGGCUUUUAAUCAAGUGUUUCCUGGUAAUCCUCAUCUCUUUUGUUUCCAUCAUUUGAGAUAUAAUCUUACUCAAAAGUAUAGGAACAAAAGGAAUGCUGUUGUGCUUGCUCAAGUAUUGCAAAAGUUUUUUAAGGUUGCUUAUGCAUCGACCGAGAGGGCUUAUUACCAUCACUUACAAGCUCUGAGAGAUGAGGGCGGUGCUGAAGUAAUUGAUGAGUUUAUAGCUGAGAUCCCCUUGGAGAAUUGGUGUCGUGCUUUCUUUAAGGGUUGCCGGUAUGGGAUCAUGGCAAAUAGUAUUGCUGAGUCUUUUAACAAAUGGAUUGUUGCUGAGCGUUCAAUGCCUCCGCUUGCAAUGAUAGACCAGACUAGGAUGAAAGAAAUGAAGAUGAUGUCUGAAAGGAGGGUUGAGUCCAAAUCUUGGACUACUCAGCUUACACUUGAAAUGGAGAAGAAGCUUGUUGAGUGGAUGCAUAAGGCGUGUAGUUUCAGGGUUAUUGCCUCCCACGAAAGUGUUUAUGAGGUUAGAGAUGAUGAGUACUCAUAUUCUGUGAACCUUUCUACUCGUACUUGCUCUUGUGUGAAGUGGCAGAUCAAUUGCUUCCCAUGCCCUCAUGCCCUUUCUGCUAUACAAACUACAAGAUUGAAUGUUUAUGAUUUUAUUGACUUGUACUUUAGUGCCGAAUAUUUUAGGAUGAGUUAUAGCUUCCCUAUUCAUCCAGUGAGUAAUGUUGAUGCUUGCACUAAGGAGUCCAUACUACCUCCUAUUACAAAGAGGCCGGCUGGGAGACCUAAGGCGAAGAGGAUUAAAUCUUCUGGUGAGAAGAAGCCUAUUCGGUGUGGUCGAUGUCUUAAGUUGGGACAUCAUAACAGGCAGAACUGUACUGAACCUUUAAAUGGGCAGCAGUAG